AUGGUCUGGGGGGAACCGGCCCCAGGCUCGUCGCUCAGACGCCGCGCUGUGGCGACGAGUCGCUACCCGUGGACGACCCGGCAGUGCCUCGUGUGCGUGCUGGCAGUCGCCGCUCUCAACGUACUGCUCUUCCACCUUCACGGAGACAGUAUUGAGGCAGCUUCUAGAGGGUUCCGUGCGCUGAUACUAGAGAGCAGUGGGCGCAGGGAUGUGACAGUGGGGGGAGAGGAUGCAGACUGGGAGGGGGACUCGGCCUGGGAUGCUGAUGGGGUGGAUGGGGAGGGGUUUGAGAAUUCUCAAAAACACCCUGCAACAGAGGGGGGUGGAGAGGCCGAGCCAACAACGGACAUCAACAUGAAGCGGGUUUACGAUGGCAUCACGUUUGCCAAUGAGAAGGGCGGGAAGUGGACCCAGGGGUGGAAGCUGCAAUACAGGGGGGACGAGUGGGACGAGGAGCCGCUGAGGGUGUUUGUGGUGCCGCACUCCCACAACGACCCUGGCUGGCUGCUCACAGUCGAGCAGUACUACGCCAGGAGCUCGCAGCACAUCCUGCACACCAUCCUGCACUCUCUCUCCCAGUCCCCCUCUCGCCGCUUCAUAUGGGAGGAGAUGUCGUAUCUGAGCCGCUGGUGGAUGGACGCCACAGAGGAGGAGAGGCAGGGGAUGCGGGCGCUGGUGCAGUCAGGGCAGCUGGAGAUUGUGGGGGGCGGGUGGGUUAUGAACGACGAGGUGAGCUGUGCAGGAGGGGAAGGAGGUGGUUAUGUGAUCUAUUUAAGGAUGAGGAGGGCGCUGGUGCAGUCAGGGCAGCUGGAGAUUGUGGGGGGCGGGUGGGUCAUGAACGACGAGUCGGGGCAACUGGAGAUAGUGCGGGGAGGGUGGGUCAUGAACGACGAGGUGAGCUGGGGAUUGGUUGGAGGGAAGAGGGCUGUGAAUGGAAUGGAAGCUGGAGAAAGCGAGAGCUUGAGGCCGCUGGUGCAGUCGGGGCAACUGGAGAUAGUGCGGGGAGGGUGGGUCAUGAACGACGAGGUGAGCUGGGGAUUGGUUGGAGGGAAGAGGGCUGUGAAUGGAAUGGAAGCUGGAGAAAGCGAGAGCUUGAGGCCGCUGGUGCAGUCGGGGCAACUGGAGAUAGUGCGGGGAGGGUGGGUCAUGAACGACGAGGCCAACUCGCACUACUAUGCCAUAAUUGAACAGCUCACAGAGGGCAACACAUGGCUGUAUGACACGCUAGGAGUGACGCCCACCAACAGCUGGGCCAUCGACCCCUUUGGCCAUUCUGCCACCAUGCCAUACCUUUUGAAAAGAUCUGGGUUCGCCAACAUGCUCAUUCAGCGCACGCACUACGAGGUGAAGAAGGCCCUGGCGAGGCAGAAGCACCUCGAAUUCUUCUGGCGCCAGGCAUGGGACCACACAGGGGGUGCCAUGGGCCAGUCAGGGGAUGCGAUGAACGAUGAGCAGUCCGGAGGCACGAUGGGUGAUGACCAAUCAGCGGCAGCAGCAACAGGGGCGGCAGAGGAGGCGGCGGCGGCGGCAGCAGCAGCAGCAGGGGGGUUGGAGGAGGAGGGCAGCACGGAUAUUCUAUGCCACAUGAUGCCUUUUUACUCGUAUGACAUUCCACACACCUGUGGGCCCAACCCAGGUGUGUGCUGCCAGUUUGACUUUCUGCGGCGCACAGGCACGCAGCACUGGUGUCCGUGGGGGCAGGACGCCAUGCCCAUCACCAGGAAGAACAUCGCUCAGCGCGCACAGCUGCUCGUGGACCAGGUGGGAUGGGAUAAGUUGGUAGGUGGGAUUGGAUUGUGCAAUGGGAUGGACCAGGUGGGAUGGGGAUGGGUGCUAGGCGGGUCCAGUGGGGGGACAGGACUCCUCUCCAUCCCCAUCACCAGGAACAACAUCGCUCAGCGUGCACAGCUGCUGGUGGAUCAGGACGCCAUGCUCAUCACCAGGAAGAACAUCGCUGAGCGUGCACAGCUGCUCGUGGACCAGUGGCGCAAGAAAUCGCUUCUCUUCCGCACCAACGUGCUCCUGGUCCCUCUGGGGGACGAUUUCCGUUACUCCUCCAUGCUCGAGGCCCAAGCUCAAUUCCAAAACUACGAGCUGCUCUUCGCCUUCAUCAACUCACGAAAGUCGCUCCGAGUCAACGCCAGCUUCGGCACGCUCGACGAGUACUUCACCGCCAUGCGCGCCGCCUCCGCCCGCCAGAGGGUCUCCGUGGAGACUGCAAACCACCAGAAAGCAAACCGGCUCCGUGCCCAGCUGCUGAACCCAGACUUGAAGCUGAACAAGCUGAACGCCAGUGAAGCGACUCAAGAGCCGUCAUUCAACCUACUAGACUCAUCAGAUCAGCACUCACUAGUAGACAGCCAGGAAAACCAGCACCAGGAGGAGAUUCAGCGCCGCCGGCUCUUAGCUAACAGAGACCCCUACCUAAAACUAGCCGCUUCCACCGACGCUCACCUAAAAGUGGGAACUUCAGCACCCGGUUCUCUCAGCACCACCGGUCAGCUGCGCCCUCUUCUCCCGUCUCUGUCGGGGGAUUUCUUCACGUACGCGGAUCGCGAUCACGACUACUGGAGCGGCUAUUUCUCCUCGCGCCCCUUCUGGAAGGCCGUGGACCGGGCAUUGGAGGCGAACAUGAGGGCCGCUGACAUGCUCUACGCUCUCUGCUGGGCCGACUGGGCAGGACAAGGCGAGCGUUCAGCAGCCAGGGCUGCUCGCAUCGCAUCCGCAGAGCUGCCCUUCCCACUCAACUUCGCAGAGCGACUGGUGCUAGCACGGCGCAACCUGGCGCUGUUUCAACACCACGACGGCAUCACAGGCACGGCGAAGCACCACGUGGUGAAGGACUACAGCCUGCGCAUGCACCAGGCACUGACCGACCUCAGUGACUUCAUGUGUGCUGCUGUCGCUGCCCUUCUGCUCAAAGUACCCAAGCCUUCUGCACCAACUGCCACCGCUCUCAACUCCUCCGUUUCCCAGCAGCCGCCACCUCUCGAAGCAGAGCGGUGGCGGUCGGUGCAUGACGGUCCGUGGGAGCGGAGAGUGGUGGGGAGCGGUGUGGAGGGGGAAGAAGGGGCGGGAGCAAGGAGAGUGGUGGUGUUCAAUCCCUUGGAGGAGGAGAGGAGGGAGCUAUCCCAUCUCGUUCCAUUGAUUCCUCCUCUUAACUUUGUCUCAUUCAAUCUCCCACUCUCUUUCUCCCACUCUCUUUCUCCCACUCUCUUUCUCCCACUCUCUUUCUCCCACUCUCUUUCUCCCACUCUCUUUCUCCCACUCUCUUUCUCCCACUCUCUUUCUCCCACUCUCUUUCUCCCACUCUCUUUCUCCCACUCUCUUUCUCCCACUCUCUUUCUCCCACUCUCUUUCUCCCACUCUCUUUCUCCCACUCUCUUUCUCCCACUCUCUUUCUCCCACUCUCUUUCUCCCACUCUCUUUCUCCCACUCUCUUUCUCCCACUCUCUUUCUCCCACUCUCUUUCUCCCACUCUCUUUCUCCCACUCUCUUUCUCCCACUCUCUUUCUCCCACUCUCUUUCUCCCACUCUCUUUCUCCCACUCUCUUUCUCCCACUCUCUUUCUCCCACUCUCUUUCUCCCACUCUCUUUCUCCCACUCUCUUUCUCCCACUCUCUUUCUCCCACUCUCUUUCUCCCACUCUCUUUCUCCCACUCUCUUUCUCCCACUCUCUUUCUCCCACUCUCUUUCUCCCACUCUCUUUCUCCCACUCUCUUUCUCCCACUCUCUUUCUCCCACUCUCUUUCUCCCACUCUCUUUCUCCCACUCUCUUUCUCUCACUUUCUUGCCGGCCCUUCUUCCCUCAACCCCAGAUCAUUUCAAUCCUCGUCAAAUCUCCAGCCGUUGCAGUCAUCGGGCAGCACGGAAAAUGUCUCCCCGGGCAGCUGCUGCCCGACUGCGCCCCACGCUGCUGUGCCUGCCUGCCCUGCGCCUGUUCUGUCGACCAUUGAGGUGUUUAAUCCCCCACGGGGGUUUGUGUGUCCCGAGCCAUAUGUGUGUGCGAUGGUGGGGGAAGGGGAGGAGGGACCUCGAGGAAGGGAGGGGGGUGCUGCUGUUGCUGAUGGUGCUGCUGCUGGUGGUGGUGAUGGUGUUGGUGCUGGUGCUGCUGCUGGUGCUGGUGCUGGCGCUGGUGCUGGCACUGGGGCUGGGGACAAUGAGGACACAUUUUCCAUAUCGAACGGCAACUACCGAGUGCAUUUGGGUCGCAUGGACGGGCUAAUAAAGGGGAUACAGUCAGCAAGCAGUUCACGCUCUAUGCCGGCUCAGGGGGGAGCCUAUCUCUUAUUUCCUUCGUCCGUCCUCUUCCCUCACCUCGCCCCUCUCCAUGCCCUCUCAGCCUUUCCAUCGUGCCCCCAUUCCCCCCACCUCUCCCACAUUCCUGCCCCUCUGCCAGUCAGCUAG